CAUCCACAGUAUAAUACUGACUUAAGCAUUGGAGCGACCUUGCCGGGUUAUCUACCCCGGGUUCUCUGAUCCACUAUUUUGCAGAUUGGUUUAGCUUACUACACAAUUGGAACUUGGAUCGUCUUCCAACUAGGAGUAACUAGAUUGCGCACCAUCAACUACCUAUUUGACAAGGAUGAAUUGGUAUUGUUGUGGAUGGCAGAAGGGUUUACACGCUAUACAGGGCAGAAAGAGAUGGAAGAAAUAGGCGGGCAGUAUUUUGAUGAGCUGUUUUGUAGGUCAUUUUUCCAAUACUUUAAAAAUGACCAGAAAACAGAAUUUGUGAUGCGCGACCUCAUUCAUGACUUGUCACAGUCUAUUUCAAAAGAGAUUUGCUUUAGGUUGGAGAAUAACUUGUCUAACAUGACUGACAGGGUUCGUCAUUUAUCGGUCCUUCCCAUAAUAAAAGCUGAUAUUUUGCACAAAGCUAAGUAUCUCCGCACAUUUUUGCAAUUGAGAUGCAGAUAUGGAAUUGCCUAUGACAAAAAACAUCUUGAUGGCUUAUUUAAUGCCUUGAAAUGCUUACGUGUGUUGUGCUUAUCUGAUCACCACAUUGAUGAGUUGCCAGAUUGGCAGAUUCCAUUGCUAAAUUGAAACUCCUACACUACCUGGACUUGAGUGGCACUAGAAUCAAAUGGUUACCAGAGUCAAUUUCUAGCCUUUACAAUUUACAAACUUUAAUACUCCCAAGUGAAUGCUAUAGUAGAUUAUCUGAAGGCCUACCCAACCUAAUUAACCUGCAGCAUAUCAAAGUAGAUAGAGGAUGGAAAGUAGAGAGAAUGCCACAUGGGAUUGGAAUGCUAAUUAGUCUUCAAACAUUGCCUGAAUUUGUUGUUGGCGAAAACAAUACUAGGUGUAGCAGCAGUAGUAGCAACAUCAUUGGAGAAUUGAAGGAUUUAAAACACCUCAAGGGACAACUCCACAUAUCGAAGUUGGAGAAUAUAUCUGUCGCCAGGGAUGCCAAGGAGGCCUAUCUAGAUAACAAGGAAUGUCUUCGGAAAUUGGAGUUAGUAUGGAGUGAUAAAGGCUCAGGAAAUGAAAGAACAUUGGAAAUUAUUGAAGGUCUGCAACCUCAUUCCAACUUAGAGGACUUGAAUAUCAGUUGCUAUCCUGGUUCAAGGUUUCCUAGUUGGAUUAAGAUGCUUUCAAACCUACAAAUUUUGCAGCUCUGUGAAUGUAAACAACUUAAUGCCCUGCCUCCUCUUGGAAGGCUACCUUUGCUCAAAUAUCUUUGGAUUAAGGGCAUGAGUAACAUAAAGCAUGUGGGGCCUGAGUUUUGUGGCCAAGAGUUUCAAUCACUAGAAGUGUUGAAACUUAUCAGUAACACUGAGUGGGAGGAAUGGUGUUUUGAAGGAGGGGUAGAUGACCAAGAACAACAAGAUACUAAAUGCCUACAAUUUUUCCCUAGCAUCGGUAGCCUUACCAUUCAGAAUUGUCCUAAGCUGAGGAGACUCCCCUCUUACAGGUUUGCUUCCUUGUUAUCUUUGAACAUUGCAGACUGCAAUGAGCUGACUUCUCCUCCAAGACAUGGAAAUUUCUCAUAUGGUGAAUCACUAUCAACAUCUGCCACCGCAAUAGGUUAUCAAGAAUUUCCCUUCCUUCGUUACCUCACUAUAACCAACUGCCCCAAGUUAAGGGAAUUGCCAGAACACCUUCCAUUCUUGGUAUCCUUGCACUUAGAACAAUGUCAAGAAUUGGUUGCUGUUCCAUGGGUUCCAUCGCUCUGUCAUUUGGACUUGUUGGAAAUAAACAACAGUAUACUAUUUGCAAGGUUGCCCAAACUCAGUGCUCUUUCUUAUUUGUGGAUUCUAGGUAUUUGCCUAGUCCAAGAUUUCUUACAAAUGCUCACAUCACUUGAAAACUUACAUAUCAAAAGUUGCAGUGGACUAGGAAACAAGAUUAUGGAUUUACACUACAUUGUUUCUCUCCGUCAUUUUGAAAUUGAGAAUUGCCAUGAUGUUAAGUCAAUGACCUUGCCCCCCAAACUGCAAACACUUUCUGUCACUGCUUGCCAGAGCUUGGAGUUCUUUCCCACCAUGAUUCACAAUCUCACUUGUCUCACACAUUUAACUAUCUCCCAAUGUUCUGGUUUCACAUCUUCCCCAGCAGUAGAUGGAGUAAGGGGAUUGUGGCCUGCUUCACUGGAAUUUCUUUGCUUAAAAGAUUUUAGUAAUCUCGAUUUACCUUCUAGGUUUUGGUGGCUUCACAACCUCACAAGUCUUCAAACAUUGAUCAUUGUGGGUUGUUCCUCUCUUAAGCAUUUUCCUAAUGGAUUGUUGCCUACCUUGAAACGUCUUUGUAUCAGUGAUUGUAAGAAUCUUGAGUCUCUACCUGAGCAGAUGAACCUGUUCACAUCCCUUGGACAUUUGAGCAUAAAUAAAUGUUCUCGCCUGGUCACCUUUCCUAGCGGUGGAUUGCCCAAAAAGCUGGAAAAGAUGCAGAUUGGAGGAUGUGGGGACAAUCUAGAUAUGCUGCCCAAGUGUCCUGGACUGAGCAAACUUACUUCUCUUGAAUAAUUGACUAUCAUUUGCGCUUCAGGUAUGGUGUCAUUCCCAGAGAAAGAAGAGGAUGAAGAGUGGUUGCUGCCAACCUCUCUUAGAAAGCUUAGUUUCUCGGAUCUAGAGUGUCUUGAGUUUAUACAGUCUAAGGUGCUGCUAAAACUCACCUUGCUAGAGUAUUUGGGAAUCAACAAUGCUCCUAAACUAAUAUCUCUGCCAUAAGAUGGACUCCCUGCUACACUUCGAAGGCCGGUGAUAAACGGAUGUCCCCUUCUGGAGAACUCGUGCCAAAAGAAGACUGGAAGAGAUUGGCCUAAGAUAGCUAACAUUCCAUAUGCACUUUUUAAUAUCGCCAAAAGUUGUGAUCGUGCAUUUGAGUGGGAGUAUGAAUGGUAUUCUUGAAAAGAAACAAUAUCCGCAUCAGCAUUCCAGAUCUGAACCCAUCCAUUAUACAAAGCUGACAGGCUUGCAAGCUUGAAUCCUUUACUAAGACAAGGUUUCUUCAUAGUUCAUAUUACUUCAUGGUGAUUUCUUUAAGCAGGCAUGGAGUAAGAGAGAUGAUUGGAUCAAUCCAAUCCCUCCCAUAUGACAAGGGGUCAAAUUGGAGCAUAACAGUAUUCUAGAUUUAAUCUGCUCGUCUGAGCCUUGCAGCAUAUUUGGUUCCGUAAUGCUCAAAGGUAUUGUGGACUAUGGAGUCGUGUAAGGUUGAAUUAAGUGGAUUAUCUACUCACCAAAAUAUGGAACAAUCAAAUAUUAUUUGAGGUUUAAUUUUGCACUAAAGAAGUUCUGAUAGCUUUCAUAGCUCACAAGGGUCAAUGCAUUUUCUAGUUCAGAUGUAAAAACUAGUUGUAUUAAGAAGUCUUUGAAAUUCAAUUGGACGGUGGAAACA